AUAAACUUGUGUUGGUUAUUCCCCUCUUACGCAUACAUAACAAUCGGUUUCAUGUGGAUAGAGUAAAUAGUUUGGUAGACUGUGAACUCUCACACUUUUCAGUCUCUCAUACAUGUAAAGUUCAUUGAAUCGAUUCCAUCAUCACGAUCAUCGUACAAAUAUUAGUCCAAUGAAACGCAAUAAUCAUUACGAAAAGAUAUCAACGAGAAAUAGAUCGAUUAAUGCACGAAAAUACAAUAUUGGCAAAUUACGUUUACCAUUGGCCGACGUUCAAGAAAUUACCGAAUACGAAGAUUCCACGGAUGAUAAUUUUACUUUAACAAAUAAAUCGAAAGAGGCUCCAUUCAGAAAUAAUAAACUUGGAUGGAAUAAAAAUUCAACUGGAGAAAAGUUAUUCAACAAAAGAGCUAAGAAAAAUCAGAUAAUUAGGAAAGAAGAUUCAUCUGCAUAUUCGAUCGAUAGUGUAUCUAGUGCAAAAUUGCCUGUACGUUUACGUGGUGGUACGGAUUUUUUUCGAUCUUCUUUGAAAACAAAAGGAGUUAUCGACGAUAAUAAAAAUCAUAUCUUACGUUCGAGAAAUACUCAGAAACCAAUUAUACCAAGAAAACAAAGUGAAUUAAAUUAUCAUAAUCUGCAGGAAUCUGACAAUGGCAAAGAAAAGAAUACAUUACCAACAAAGUUAUCAAGUUUCCAGGAAAAAAAACAAAGUAUUCAACAAGCAAAGACUUUGAAAAACGUCAGUAAACUGACCGUCCUUCUUUUAUAUCUUCACUUUUUACUAUCGUAUUAUUUAUCUUUUUCUAAAAGCCAACGCUUUGAAGAAAUGUUCGAAAUGUGUGAAACAGAGACUAGAUACGAAUAAAUGAUCGUGUCGUUAAACGAUCGUAAAUGAUAGAAAUAAAUAUAGAAACGAGACAUGAAUUAGUUAAAUUCCAAAUGCAAGUUUGUCGAACAAAUAAAUGAUCAUUUUAUUUACUUAGAAAAAAAA